GCUAACUCCAAUUGCUAUGGCUACCAGGAAAAUGCGGGCAUUCAAGAGGUGGAUGAAAUCGCAAGGCAUAGACUGCAGCGACGCUUUAGACCUCGUGCUCACAAAUUACGCUUCAUCUCCAUCUCCAUCUCCGUCUUCCUCUUUCUCCGUCUCCGUUAGGGCUUUAUGCGACCUGCAGGAAGGCGAUAUAGUGGCGAGGAUCCCUAAAGGGAGCUGCCUCACUAUCAAGACCUCACGUGCUCGUCCCGUGAUCGAAGCCGCCGGCCUCGACGGCUUCUUAGGCCUCGCCGUCGCCGUCAUGUACGAGCGGAGCCUUGGACCUCUCUCCAAUUGGUUCGUUUAUCUUCAAUUGAUGCCUUUCAGCGAGCCCAUUCCCCUCCUCUGGUCCGAUCACGAAAUCGAUUCUCUCCUCGUCGGAACUGAGCUCCAUAAGAUGGUUAAAGAAGACAAGGAUCUCAUCUAUGAGGAUUGGAAAGAGUGCAUUCAACCACUUCUGGUUUCUGCUCCAUUAGAGCUUAACCCACAGUUUUUUGGCAUCGAACAAUAUUUUGCUGCAAGAAGUCUCAUUGCUUCUCGCUCAUUUCAAAUAGAUGAUUACUAUGGAUCUGGAAUGGUUCCUUUGGCAGACCUCUUUAAUCACAAGACUGGUGCUGAAGAUGUGCACUUCACAUCUCUAGUUUCUGAAGUUGAAUCUGAUCAGGAUGCAGACAUUAACCCAAGGAAUGAUGAAUGUGAAAGCCACAUGAAUGAUACACUUUUAAGCGAAAAUUCUUAUGAAAGAAAUGGGUCAUCUGGUGGGAGUGAGUUUGAUUGUUCUUCAACUUCUGGAGAUGAUCUUACAGUUUUGGAGAUGAUAAUGGUUAAAGGUGUGAAGACGGGAAAUGAAGUCUUCAAUACGUACGGAUCUUUAGGCAAUGCUGCAUUGCUGCAUAGAUAUGGCUUCACGGAGGCUGAUAAUCCUUUUGACAUUCUCAACAUAGAUCUUGAACUGGUAGAUCAGUGGAGUUCUUCUUUGUUUUCUCGUCGCUACCAUAGAAGGAGGCUGUUGCUGUGGAGAAGGUUAGAUUACUGCGGAUGUGUUAGUCAGAAUGUUGAAUAUUUCGAAGUUUCGUUUGAAGGGGAACCCCAAGUUGAGUUGUUGGUUUUGCUUUACAUAAUGCUGUUACCAGAGGAAAGUCACAAUGAACUUGAUCUCUUAGUUUCAUCCAUGGGGAAUAUUUGCAGACCUGCAAAUCAGUCUUGUUCGGAGAAAUUUUUUGUAGCUUUUGGGAAGAAAUCAGAGUUGAACAAGGAUUUGUUGCUGACAGAAAGUGUUCGAGCUGCUUUAUUAUCACUAGCUGAUAUUCGUGAAAGUUUAUAUGGUUCAAGUUCUCUAGACGCUGAUAUCGAAGCAUUAAACAACUGUGAUAGCUUAAAAGAACCCAAUUUUUAUUAUUCAUUGUUGCUUCGCAUCAGCGAGAGAAGGAUUCUUGACAAGUUCAGAUCUUAUGCCACUUGUGGUGCUGAUUUUCCGAGAACAUCCAAGAAAGCUAUGACGAGAAGCAAAAUGAGCAGGACAUAAUGUCCAUUUUGGAGCUAUUUUAAUAAUUUAUCCCACAAUGUUGAUACUGGAAAAAAUGAUCACUUGAGUUGGAGUAACCUGCUUUUGUUGUUUUACUUGAGAGAGCGGAAUAUUUUCGUCUUUUUGAACUCUAAGUGGACAAUUGUUGCGUGGAGACGCGUAUCUUUUUGGUAUUGCUCUCUGUUGGAUU